AUGAUAUCUCAGUGGAAACUUCGGGCAACCAAUUGUUCUCGUUUAGUUCCGCUCAGCAAUGGAGUCGUGGCGGUCUGCGGCCCCAAAUCCGCUUAUGUAAUGAACUCACAGCGAGGUGAGGAGCUUUGCCGCUGCAUAGUGCCAGCAGGCGCAAGUACAUAUGCCCUUUGGAUUCCUCCAGGGUUUAGCGCUAAGCAAACAGUUGCUAUUUACGCUACGAAUGACAAUAAGAAUGCAGUAUCCGGGUUGGUUGAGUCUGGCAACACAGGGGGUGUUGUAUCGCAAAACCUGUCGGGUGGUGUAUUUAUCUUAAUGAAUUCCUCUGCGCCAGCGAUACCCCUUGUGUUAGAGGGACAGCCUCUGGAGCCUAUUGAAGACUUACAUAUACUUUAUCACACUGUUCUAGGUGUUGUCACGCGGCACGAAGUUACCUUCUACUAUUGCGAUCCUGACUUAGCUAAUGCCGCUGCCUCCUCUGGUGAUAAUCAACCACCUGUAGUCUUGAAGAAAAUCGGGCCUGUGGUGCCCCUCGCAUUUCUGCAGAGCAAUGUCGAUACCCAAAUUGUUGCGUCCGGGGUAGAGGCCACAGCCGAGUGCAAAAGGUUUGUUGUGGUUCAGACUAGCGGAAACUCUGAUGUGUGGGUGUGCCGUUUAGUUAUUGAUGGUAGGGUGGUGGUGCUAGAGGAUCUCAAGCUGCCCCAGGGUGGGGUACCGCUGCCGCCGUCCUGUGAACUGUUAAGCUGGACCGUCAACUGGGAAAAGGGUGAACUGUUGACACUUGUCCGCCAGCACGGCGGGGAUGACGGCACCAUGGCCACGGUUCUCUCGCUGAGCCUUGAUGCAGCAUAUCAGGGGCUAACCCUAACCUCCUGGGACAGCCAGCGGCUGGGAUUCUUGAGUGCUGCAACGAAGCGCGCCCUACGAACGAUGGAUGAUUUGUGUUGCACGGAAAAAGGGGAAGUUUGGGGUGUGGAUAGGACAACGGGGCCCUGCGUUUCACUGCGGCAUGUGAGCAAUCCCGCCCUGAAAGAAGAGUUACUGCCUGGCAGUAGGGUAUCCACUAAGGUGAUGGUGGUGACAUGCGGUGAAGUUGUCUACGUCUUGGCAGGUUGCACCGUUUACGUAGUGUCUUCCGCGUCUACGAGUAGUACUGGGGAGCCCAUUGCCCAAGCUGAUAGCAGCUUCCUCGGCUGGAUUCAGCAACAGCAGUCAUCCUCUCCAGAGAGCUCGACCGAGCCUAACAAUGUAACUACUCUUGUAGAGUGGCUUACGGGUGGCAAUAGGGACGGCAAGGGGGGCAGGGCGCCUGAACACGUGGUGAGGGAUUUCACAUACAUAGUCGAGGAUUCAGUAUCCUCACGGUACCGCCACGCGGUGCUGGAUGCGCUGGCCAACCGAUGCUCUGAGCAGCAAGGUGGCAAAGCACCGCAUGUCGACUAUCCCACCGCCCUCGUUCGUUACUUGGCCGCGGCUGAGUCGAUUCAUCCCUUCACAGUAUUGAAAGCUCUCCAUCACGCAGAUGCGCCACUUGCCUUAGGCGUUGCCGCGAUACUAUCACGUAAGGCAAACCUUUACCGAGGGAGCCUCCAGCAUGCGCCAGAACUGAUGCGUGCUGCGGCCGCAUUCUUCUCAUACAACAUCCAGUCCUCUAUUGAGAAGAAGCGGUACCUCGCGGUAGUGUGCAAGACAGCACUCUCAGCUCUAGCGAUGGGCGCUUUGGGUGCGGUUGGUAUCCUGUUCUGCAUAGCUGACAUGGGCAUGCGGCACAUUUACGGCAGUUGUUAUCGCGCUGAGACACGUCCACAACCAACCGAUGCUGAAUCAACAGCUGAGAUGCGGAAUCUGGAGGAAACCAUCGCAGAAGCGAUUAAUGUCAUGUCAUCUUACUCAGAGUGGGCACUUAACACGGCCUCCACAUCUCUGGGCGUGAUGUCGGCUCACAUAGGAGAACCUAGCAAUAUCAAAAAGGAGGCAUGCAUGCGAGAUGGUAGGUCUCAUCCGAUCACCACUUCUCGUACUGUAGAAAUUGAAGUUUUCAAGCCUCGGCGUUCUUAG